CUAUAAGAAGACCAGUGCUAACUUAGUACAACGAUUUUGGUGGCCUAACAUGCUGGACGAUGCAAAGAAGUACGUACAGACAUGUCAGGUCUGUCAGCGGGACAAGCCGCGGACUCAAGCUCCACUUGGGUUACUCAAGCCUCUACCCAUUCCUGCUGGCCCAGGGCAGAGUAUCUCCAUGGACUUCAUGGAUACUCUCGUGACCAGCAAGAACGGCAAGAGGCACAUCUUCGUCAUAGUUGAUAAGUUCACUAAGUAUGCUAGACUAAUUCCUAUGUCGGAGACGGCUACGACUGAACAUGUCAUCAAGUUAUUCAUGGAUAACUGGGUGUGUGAUUUUGGACUGCCAAAGACAAUCGUUAGUGAUAGAGAUGUGCGAUUCACAAGCGAGAUGUGGAAGAAGGCCGCUGAACAGAUGGGCAGCCAGCUUCAGAUGACUUUUGGGAAUCAUCCCGAAGCAAAUGGGCAGGCUGAACAGAUGAACCGAGUGGUGCAGCAUCUGCUGAGGCAUUACAUCAAGCCCAGCCAGGAUGACUGGGAUGAGAAAUUACCUCUCAUCGCCAGUCUGUACAACAAUGUUGUACACAACACCACCGACGUCAGUCCUAAUCAACUGCAUCUGGGAUGGAAGCCUAAAUCUGCUUUAGACUUCCUCCUACCUGAAAACCGAACUGCUGCAACUCCUGGAACCAUUGAAUUUGGUGUCCAGUAUGAGAAACUGUUGCAGCAGACUGUCGAACACAUCAAGAAAUCUCAGGAAGCCAUGAUUGCUUCUGAGAACAAGCCUCGCCGACAGUCCACAUUUAAGGUAGGGGAACGUGUCUGGGUCAAGGCUAACAAUGUGAAGACAUUCAAUGACGGCUACCACAUUUUGCACCAUGCAAAUUCAAAACUGCAUUGGACAGAGCUUCCAAAGAGAUUCAUGGAGACAUUGGACAAACAUGCCGAAGCAGAUGCGCUGAUUUUCCAGGUGGCAUGCCCUAUCCAUUCGACUUUUUAUUUUAGGUUGCCAGGUCGCAAGUCUAGCUGUGAUCCUUAACCAAUAAACAUGUAUCAGUGUG